AUGGCCAGAGUUGGGGCAUUAUGUGCCCUGCUCUUCAUGGCGCUUCGGGCUUGGGCCGACAAGACCGCAGCAGAUUACUUUGUAAAAUCGCUGCCGGGAGCGCCAGACGGCCCUCUCCUGAAAAUGCAUGCUGGGCAUAUAGAAAUUAAUCCCGAACAUAACGGACAUCUCUUUUUCUGGCACUACCAAAACCGACACAUCGCCGACCGACCGCGCACCGUCAUCUGGCUCAAUGGAGGACCGGGCUGCAGUUCAAUGGACGGGGCUCUGAUGGAGUUGGGUCCGUACCGGGUCAGGGAGGGAGGGAAACUAGCAUAUAACGACGGCGCGUGGGACGAAUUUGCGAACCUAUUAUUCGUCGACAACCCCGUGGGCACCGGCUUCAGCUAUGUGAACACCGACAGCUAUUUGCAUGAACUACAAGAGAUGGCAGAUCAAUUUUUGAUUUUUAUGGACAAAUGGUUCGACCUGUUUCCCCAAUACGAAGACGACGACCUCUAUUUCGCCGGCGAGUCGUAUGCCGGGCAGUACAUACCCUACAUUACAAAGGCGGUUCUGGACCGUAACAAGAGAAAAAGGGCUGAAGGACAACGGACCUGGAAUCUCAAAGGCCUUUUGAUCGGCAAUGGCUGGAUUGCGCCGGCUGAGCAGUACCAAGCCUACCUACCGUUCGCCUAUCAAAGCGGGAUGAUUCAGGGUGGCACUCCGGAAGCUGCAAAAGUCGAGGCGGCCCAGUCAACCUGCAUUACAGAAUUGGCCAAACCUGGCAACUCUGACAAGGUGGAUGUCAGUGCCUGUGAGGCUGUCUUAUCUACAAUCUUGGACGUGUCCAAGGAGAACGGCCUGUGUUACAACAUGUAUGACAUCACGCUUCGGGACAAGUGGCCAUCUUGUGGAAUGGCCUGGCCUCCGGAUCUGGAGACCGUGACACCCUAUCUGCGACAACAGGACGUCCUGGACGCUUUGCACAUCAAUCCCGACAAGCGGACUGGAUGGGUGGAAUGCUCGGGCGCUGUGUCUUCUUCAUUUCGAGCGAGGAACUCGAAACCGAGUGUUCAACUGCUCCCUGGAAUUCUCGAGGCAGGUGUCCCAAUUUUGUUGUUUAGCGGCGCCAACGACAUGAUAUGCAAUCAUGUAGGAACAGAAGACAUGAUCAGCAACAUGCGCUGGCUAGAUGGGAAGGGUAUGGAAUUGUCUGCCGGAGUUAUUGCACCACAAAGAGACUGGGAGUUCGAAGGCCAAGCUGCCGGCAUUUACCAGGAGGCAAGAAACCUGACGUACGUCAAAUUCUACAACUCCAGCCACAUGGUGCCAUUUGAUUACCCUCGGCGGACGAGAGAUAUGCUUGAUCGAUUCAUGGGAGUGGACAUUGCAAGCAUCGGCGGCAAGCCUGCCGACAGCCGCAUCGAAGGUGAAAAGGCUGGACCUGAAACGAGCGUUGGAGGCCAUCCUAACAGCACAGCAGCCAUCGAGGAUGAAAAAGAGAAAGUCAAAGAAGCACAAUUCCAAGCAUAUUAUCGCAGCGGCGAGGCUGCCCUCGUCUUUGUGAUCAUCGCCGCGGCGCUGUUCGGCUUGUGGGUAUGGCGCGGAAGGAGGAAAGCCCGGAGUCAAGGCUAUGUCAGCCUCCCUCUGGCGAACGGCUCGCUGCGCAAGGGACGCGGGGACGUGGAAGCUGGAGAUUUUGACGCGAACGAACUGGACAAUCUCGAAUCAAGCCGUCGGCCUGUGAAUAUGGAUGCUCAGCAUUAUGACUUGGCAAGCGACAGUGAGGAUGAGGAUAAAGACGGCCAAAGGGGGGAAGUCAGGGCUCAGCAAUCAUGGCCUAGGUAA